AUGGCUUGCGGGUCGGGUACCACUAUGGAGACGGCUUCGCCCAGCAGGUCCUCUGCGGACAGCAUCAUGAUCGAUCUUUCUUUCCAUUCAUCGGUACCAGAUCGUGCAUGCGACGCCACGAACACCAUCUUUGAGCAUGAUCAACCAUUGUCGAAUAACAUCAGCACAAAGACAUUGUUACCAGAUACCGUAGCUAGCCCACAUGCAUGGGAGCAGCUCGAUCAGCAACCUUACCCAUUCUUUUCUGCGCCGAGAAGCGCCCUGGACAAAGACACAUACUCCUCGGCUAUCGAGAAAACGACAUACCUCACGGAGCGCAUCUCUUUCGAUUCGAUAGCCAACCACAAUGCCGACUGCAUUGUCCGGACGCUCUGCGCAAUGCCUGACCAGAUGCUUCGACGGGAAACAUUCCCAUGCUUCAUACAUCCUCAAUGGGACCGAAAAGCCUUACCAGAGCCGUUGGCCGUCUGCGUGCGGAUUGCGAAGAUGUUCGCCUCCAGGACUCCGGAAAUUAUCCCGUUCAUCUGGCGCACGAUCUUGGCAGAGACUAGACGUGCUGUGGCGAUGGUUCACGAGAUGUCGCUGCUUGAUCUUCUUGCUACGCAGCAGGCGGGCAUGGUGUACAUGAUCAUGCGAAAGAUCGAAGACCCUGUGGAAGAUGUUGAAUGGAAUCGAGAGAUGACAUCGGCAGUCAGUACUAUCUGCAACCGGUUCGUAGAUUCUCUCGACGGCAGCUUCUGUCAAGCAGAAAAGAUACACCCCAGCCAAACUUGGACAGACUGGAUCUUCGCCGAAUCAAGGCGUAGAACAUCCGCGGUCUGGUUUCUGCUGGCAAAGAGCGUUUUCGUCAAGACUAGAGCCGGAUGCGACGCCACUGAGGCACCGUGGACGCUGCCUUUACCCUGUCCUAGACAGCAAUGGGAAGCAAGAACAUGUGAGGCCUGGAGCGAGGAGAUGGGAGCUGCGCAGCCCGAUCAGCUGUCGACCUUUGGCGGGCUGGUAGUAGCCAAGACUCAGACCGGCCACAAGCAGAAUGCUCGGGCCUUGAACAGUUGGAAUGCGAGUGCUGAUGGAUUGGGUCUUCUUCUCAACCUUGCGGCUGGAACGAUGUGA